CCUUCCCUAUACCACUAUACAAGUCAAGAUGCCCAAAUCAGCAAGAAAGAACAACGGCAGUGGCGUGUCAAAGAGCGACCCCUAUGCUGGCGCCGCCUCGCGCAAAAAGGGCCAUGCCGCCAACAACGUCUUCAAGUUCAACACGGAUCUCGGUCAGCAUAUUCUCAAGAACCCCGGUGUCGCCCAGGCCAUCGUCGACAAGGCCGACCUGAAGCAGUCAGAUAUUGUCCUCGAAGUCGGACCCGGUACCGGUAACUUGACGACCAAGAUCCUGGAAAAGGCCAAAAAGGUCAUCGCCUGCGAAGCCGAUCCCCGAAUGGCUGCCGAGAUCACAAAGCGUUUUCAAGGAACUCCUGCCCAAAAGAGACUCGAAAUCAUCCUCGGAGAUGUGCUCAAGCACCCACAACUACCCUACUUCGACGUCUGCAUCUCAAACACCCCCUACCAGAUUUCCUCGCCCUUGACCUUCAGACUCUUGGCCUUGAGUCCCGCUCCUCGCUCAUGCGUACUCAUGUUCCAACGUGAAUUUGCCAUGCGUCUGUUCGCUCAACCUGGAACAAAGCUAUACUCGAGAUUGUCUGUCAACGCUCAAAUGUGGGCUAAAAUCAGCCACGUUAUGAAGGUCGGAAAGAACAACUUCAAUCCUCCUCCUCAAGUUGAGAGUGAUGUCGUCAAGAUUGUGCCCAAGGUCCCGCGUCCACAGAUCAGCUACGACGAGUGGGAUGGUCUUCUGCGCAUUUGCUUUGUCCGUAAGAACCGUACUCUUCGUAGUGGCUUCUUGGGCACCACCAGUGUCAUGGAGAUGCUCGAGUCCAACUACCGCACCUACUGCGCUCAGAACAACAUCGUACUGGAUGAUGGUCCGCUGGACCCUGCAGAUGCCGCUAUGGACACAGAUAUGGCUGCCGAUGAACAGGAUGACGAAAUGGAGGCUAUCAUGGAUGUUGACGAUGAGGAUGAUGUUCCCGACUUCUUCAGAGAGGAGGCAGACAAAAAGGCAAAGAAGCUGCUAGGCAACCCCAACCGCAAGAAGAAGGGCAAGGUGUCUGAGCUUGUGCGCCAGAAGGUCACAAAGGUGCUCAUCGAGACAACCGAACUCUGCGAGAAGCGUGCCAGAAUGUGUGACGAGGGUGACUUCUUGAAGUUGUUGUACGCCUUCAACCAGGAAGGUAUUCACUUCAGCUAGUCUUUGAACAUUACAAAAGCAUAUGGGAGGUUAAGCAUGGCGUAUUUGGAGUUCAGCUGGAGGAUUCAAUAUUUCGUUUUCGCAAAGAUACCCGACAAGAAGAGACAAUCCAUUCUACAAUAUCUUGUAUUUUCCUC